CCGGCGCCGCCCCCGCCCCUCCCCGGAGCCCGGCGGCCGCGCGUGUCCGCGGCCCUGCGAGGGCUACCCGGCUCCGGACAGCCCAGGGCGGCCGGGGGAGGAGCGCGCUGCGACGGCCGUGGCGAAAGUGCGGUUGUGGAUGCGCGGAGAGGCCGGCAGCGGUGGCAGCGGCAGCGGAGGAGGAAGCUGAGCAGGGCGGCGGCGGCGGUGGAACCUGCGGGGCUGGGGCGCGCGCCAUGGGCCGCCUGCACUGCACUGAGGACCCGGUGCCGGAGGCCGUGGGCGGCGACAUGCAGCAGCUGAACCAGCUGGGCGCGCAGCAGUUCUCAGCCCUGACAGAGGUGCUUUUCCACUUCCUAACUGAGCCAAAAGAGGUGGAAAGAUUUCUGGCUCAGCUCUCUGAAUUUGCCACCACCAAUCAGAUCAGUCUUGGCUCCCUCAGAAGCAUCGUGAAAAGCCUCCUUCUGGUUCCAAAUGGUGCUUUGAAGAAGAGUCUCACAGCCAAGCAGGUCCAGGCAGAUUUCAUAACUCUGGGUCUUAGUGAGGAGAAAGCCACUUACUUUUCUGAAAAGUGGAAGCAGAAUGCUCCCACCCUUGCUCGAUGGGCCAUAGGUCAGACUCUGAUGAUUAACCAGCUCAUAGAUAUGGAGUGGAAAUUUGGAGUGACAUCUGGGAGCAGCGAAUUGGAGAAAGUGGGAAGUAUAUUUUUACAACUAAAGUUGGUGGUUAAGAAAGGAAAUCAAACCGAAAAUGUGUAUAUAGAAUUAACCUUGCCUCAGUUCUACAGCUUCCUGCACGAGAUGGAGCGAGUCAGAACCAGCAUGGAGUGUUUCUGCUGAUUUCUGUCCCUGCAUCUCCCCUGGCCCCGUUCCCUGCCCUCCUCCCUUCCCUGGGUGACUGCUCUGAGAGGCACUUCACUCACAGGCCUGUGGGAUGCUCCAUGGGGCCCUGCUAGCUCCAUGGGGCCCAGGUGCAAAGGGUUUCUGAAAAACAGCAGGAUUAAGUACUGAAAGAGCCCAACACAAUUACCCUGUAAACUCUCUGUUAGGGCAACCACCACCACCUGUCUUCCAGGACACAUUUUAGAUACUCUUGACAGGCCACUGCAUCUCAGAUUCAGGGGAGAAAAUAAGUUGUCACCUCCCCUUCAAAGUUCCAGAGUAAACAAAUGGUGCCAUCAUUCAAGAUAACAUGCUGAUCACCCUCCUCCCGAAAAGCAAGAGCUUGUUUAUGGCUGAGGAAUCCGCGGAUUGUCUGAAUGACACAUGUACAGAGCCCCCACGGAUUUCUGCACACUCUGGGUCUGUGCUGGUGGAACAUUGCCAAUCAGUUCUCAAUAAGGCACCUGUGUGUAAAUACAUGCUUGGUCUUCUCUGCAGAGAACUGAGGCUAAACUCUGUCCCUACUUCUGGUUUUGCCCUGUCAUGUCAUAACGAGGCGGGCCUUUUGAGGCCAUUUUAGUUUGAGUUCGAGCCAACCACCUCUGUUGGUUAGACGAUGAAUAAAAAGGUUCUGAAGAAAA